UCGGCCUCAUGCAGAGCCAACACAGAUACACAGCGGAGGGGAAGCAGCUUCUCUCUCAGAGCGUUUUCUCUCAGCUGCCAGAAACCAGAGACAUCAAGUCGGCUUUAGCCGCCGCUGAGCUGCAGAGCGAGAACAAGUACAAAUCGUCGGGCCGACAGCAGGACGGCAGCAGCCUCUACUCUGUGAUGCCAGAAACUCUGGAGACCCGACAUGCCAAGCAGGUUUCUGAGAUGCAGAGCCAGGUCCGGUAUCAGUCGGACCUGAAGCAGCUGCAGUCCAGCUUGUUCUCCAGCCUUCCUCAGACGCUGCAGACCCAGCGGGCCAAAGAGGUGACCGACCUGCAGAGCCAGGUGAAGUAUAAGGCGGACCAUCAGAAGGACUCGCCGUCUCUGUACCAGCAGCUCAGCGAGACGCCGGAGAUGCAGCGGUCCCGGCAGGUUCUGGAGGUCCAGAGCGAGGUGAAGUACAGGAAGGACCUGGAGGAUCUGCCCGGCUCGCUGUUCGCUCUGCUGCCUGAAACCCUGCAGACGCAGUUCGUUAAGGAAAUGGCCGAGACGCACAGCGAGGUGAAGUACAAGCAGGCGGCGAAGGAGCAGGCGGCUUCAUCUCUUUACUCCUCGCUGCCUGAAACCCUGGAGACCCGACACGCCAAAGACGCUGCAGCGCUGCAGAGCCGCAAAAAAUACUGCGAGGAAGGAAGGAGGGAGAUGAGCUGCCCUCUGUACGCCCAGCUGGCUGAAACAGCAGAAACUCAGUUUGCCAGAGAGGUUUCAGAAAUCCAGAGCGAGAACAAAUAUAAGGAAGGAGGGAAGAAGAUCCAGACGGUCAGCGUUUACUCUCAGCUCCCAGAAACCAACCAAACCCAGUUCGCUAAAACCGUUUCUGAGAUCCAGAGUCAGGUGAAAUAUAAAGAGUCAGGAAAAAAAGAAACGUCCAGCAGUUUGUACUCAAAGCUUCCUGAGACUCUGGAGACGCAGCAUGCGAAAGACGCGACGCAGCUACAGAGCCAGGUGAAGUACAAGCAGCCGCUCAGCGUCUCUCUGUUCCACCGCCUUCCUGAGACGACGGAGACGCGGCUCGCCAAGGAGCUCAGAGACGUUUACAGCCAGGUGAAGUACAGAGAGGAGGGGAAGAAGGAGAUGAGCAGGAGCCUUUACUCCCGCCUCCCGGAGACGGAGGAGACGCAGCGGGCCAGAGAGACGGCCGAGAUCCAGAGCCAGUCAAAGUACAGGAAGGACCUGGAGGAUCUGCCCAGCCCUCUGUUCUCUCUGCUGCCUGAAACUCUGCAGACGCAGUUUGUUAAAGACAUGAGCGAGACGCACAGCGAGGUUAAAUACCGGGAGGCGAGCAGGAAGCAGAGCGGCGGCGCUCUGUUCCACCGGCUGCCCGACACGCUGGAGACGCGCCGCGUUAAAGACGUUACUGAGCUGCAGAGCCAGUUUAAAUACAAGCAGAGCGGCAAGAAGUUCUUGUCGUCUAGUUUCUACGCUCAGCUGCCAAAGACCGCAGAGACGGAGCUCGCCGCCAAGAUGGCCGACCUGCUGAGCGAGAACAAAUACAAAGAGGACGGCGUGAAGAGCCGCUCACGCAGCCUCUACGCCCAGCUGCCGGAAACCAGCGAGAUCAACUUCGCUAAGACAGUUUCUGAGCUGCAGAGCGAGGUUAAAUACAAGGAGGCCAGCAGGAAGGAGGCGGGCAGCUGUCUGUACCAGCGGCUGCCUCAGACUCUGGAGACUCAACAUGCCAAGGACGCCGCACAGCUGCAGAGUGAGGUACAGAGGGAACCGGGCCAGAACCAGCAGAACCUCAGGAGGUUCUGAUCUGCAACCAACAGUUACACA